AGGAUGAUGGGCUGGUGGGGCAAGAGAUGGAGGACGAGGAUGCGUCCGUGUAUACGGAGGCUUUUGCUCGCAAUGGGUUGCCGAGAGGAGGUGCGGCGCAGGCGCGAGACAGUCCGCGGCUGUUUGCUGUGAGCGAUGCGCCUGUUCCUGCGCGCCCGAAGGCGCACGCGGUGCAGAUGCCUGCGGCACCGGUGGAACUGGAUGGCGCUUUGCUGCCGACGGAGUCUGCUUUGCUGCGCGACUUGCCUUUUACACUUCAGGGUUUGUCUUCGACGAAUCUGGCUUUCUCCGACAAGAAUUCGCUCAAGUUGCCGCCGACACUCCCCGUGCCGAUCUUGUCGCUGUUGCAUACGCUUGCUGAGCCGUCGCUGCUAUACCGGUCUCUCUCGGAGUUUGUGGAGUCCUCGGAAGGGGGACUGGUGGGUCAGAGUUUGCGGGCGGCCAUUGGACUGGAACUGCGCUCGUACCUGGGGCUUGUCGCUACGCUUGAAGGACACAUUCGAAGAGCACUGUCGCAGCUGGACGAAAAUGCGCCGAAUGGUGGUCUAGGAAAAGCUGGAGUGACUUUGAAGCGCUGCGUGAUUUGGACGCGGGAAGCGACGCUGGGCCUUCGUCUGAUGAGCCUCAUUGUCGACUCUUCCCGAGGCAAGAAAGGAGGCGAGCUCAUCAGCCUCAUACACAACUUCUCCUCAUCACACGGCGACCCCUUUGUGCAUACUUUUGCCGAAAGGCUACUCACUCACAUCACCCGGCCCUUCUACAGCAUGCUACGAGCUUGGAUCUACGACGGCGAAUUGGAGGAUCCGUAUCUCGAGUUCUUCGUGCAAGAGAAUCAAGAGCACGAAGACAGUGGCGCGACCAGCGUGUGGGAGCACAAGUACCGCCUCAGCCACGCUAUGAUCCCCUCCAUUGUGACGGAGGAGUUUGCCAACAAAGUCUUCCUCAUCGGCAAGAGCUUGAACUUCAUUCGCUACGGGUGCGCUGAUAGUGCGUGGGUGGAGAGUUACAGCAAGGACGCUUCUCGCGAACUCACAUACGGCGACACCGCUCUGCUCUCUUCCAGCAUCGACGAGGCGUACAAUACGGUGAUGCAGCGCCUCAUCAGCCUGAUGGAAAACAAGUUUGCCCUCUUCUCGCAUCUGCAGGCUUUGAAGAAGUACUUGCUCCUGGGGCAAGGCGACUUUAUCGCCCUACUCAUGGAAUCCUUGGCUUCGAACCUGGACCGGCCCGCGAAUUCACAAUACCGACAUACCCUGACCGCACAACUAGAGCAUGCAAUCCGCAACUCGAAUGCGCAAUACGACAAUGCAGACGUCCUGCGCCGGCUGGACGCUCGCAUGCUCGAGCUCUCCCACGGCGAAAUCGGAUGGGACGUCUUCACGCUCGAGUACCGCGUCGACUCCCCGCUAGACGUCAUCGUAACCCCCUGGGCAAGCAAGCAAUACCUCAAAGUCUUCAAUUUCCUGUGGCGCGUGAAGCGCGUCGAAUUCGCACUAUCAACGACCUGGCGACGACUGCAGACCGGCGCGCGCGGAGUCCUGGCCGCCGUGAGCGACAAGCUAGGCGGCGAUUGGAAGGCGGCGCGAGGCGGCAUGGCGGAAAUGAUCCACUUUGUCGACCAGCUGCAAUACUACAUUCUCUUCGAAGUCAUCGAGGCCGGCUGGGAGGGGCUGCAGAAGGCCAUUCGCAAACCGGACGCCACGCUCGAUACGCUCAUCUCUGCGCACGCCGCUUACUUGCGUAGUAUCACUCGCAAAGGUCUGCUCGGCGGCGGCGCCAUCGAUUUCACCGCGCAGCUGCACGAGUUACUGAAAAUCAUGCUCGCGUACAAAGACGCCGUCGACGGGCUGUACAGCUAUAGUGUAGCAGAGUUCACCCGGCGACAAGACGUCGCAGCCAAAAUCGACACGCGCACCAAAGCAGGCAAAUGGGGCCUCACAGAAGCCGACGAAGACGAGAACGUCACCGCCACACUCGCAUCGCCACUCUUCCCCCCGGGAGCGGGUAGAAGGCAUCUAGAUUCCCCUGCUCCGCCCCUCCUCCCCAUUCCCGGCGGCGUCGAAGGCGAGAAGAAUAUGCUGGAGCAGCUGCGACUGCGCAUGGCGGCGCUGGGGGUGGAGUUUAAGAGUAAGGUUGCGGUUUUGCUGGGCGAUUUGGCGUACCAGCCGGAUGUCGAUAUGCGGUUUUUGGGCGUUGUGAUGAAUUUCAAUGAGGUUUAUGCGCCUGUUAAGAGGCGGAGGGGCGGUGCUGCUGCGGCGGCCGCGGCGGGGACGGCGAGGAAGGGGGAUGAGAGGGGGAAAGAGGGGUGAGGCCAGGCUGAGCUUAUGUGUGUAUGAAUGAUGUCUGCUUGCCUACACUGUGGCGACCUGAAGCUAUUACGAGAUUUCGCUUCCCAGGAUCUUCGAGCUCUCCAACGCGAUCGCAUGACGAAGUCCAACAAACAGUUCAUGCAGUCGACAGCUCGGGCCGCAGCGGCAACAUCCUGUCGUGCCACGUCGUCGACCUCACUCCGAUCCUUUCACCCCACCCCCAACUCCCAUUGGCCGCGGGCGAACUCACUUUAACACCCUCCGCACAUCCGGGGGGAACUGUCGAGCAUUGCACUCUCCAC